AUCCAAUUAUUUCAAAGUUUUGCAAGUACUUUACUUUUCGCAAUUAUGCACAAUUUCAAAUUUAUAUACUGUGCCGCUAUGAGUUGAACGACACCAACGUUGGACAAAGAAGAGUAGUUAAACCCAUUUUAUGUUUCUGGCUUUACCAUCACCAAUAUCACCACCACUACCACUAGUUUCAAACAUCAACAUGUCAAAGAAGAACAAUACCCGGAAGAGUAACGUUAAUGGGGUCAGCAAAAAGACACAAACUUUGGUGAAAACGGAAGACAUAGAGGAUGCAGUGUCCUUCUUCUCCAAAGAUGAAACCCACAAACUGAGAGCGGUUCUAUUGGACUGGUACGAUCACAACCAUAGGGUUCUUCCUUGGAGAGCCACCUCCAACCAUAGCAAUCUUAAAGAAGAAGAAGAAGAAGUGGAAAAGAGAGCUUAUGGUGUUUGGGUUUCUGAGAUUAUGCUGCAGCAAACAAGGGUUCAGACUGUGAUUGCUUAUUAUAACCGUUGGAUGCUUAAAUGGCCCACCAUUCAUCAUCUAGCAAAUGCUUCUCUUGAGGAAGUGAAUGAGAUUUGGGCUGGUUUGGGUUACUAUCGCAGAGCUCGUUUUCUUUUAGAGGGCGCGAAGAAAAUAGUUGCAGAAGGAGGUGCUAUUCCUAAAACAGCUUCUUUGUUAAGAAAGAUUCCUGGAAUUGGAGACUAUACAUCUGGAGCAAUUGCCUCUAUAGCUUUCAAAGAGGCGGUACCUGUGGUUGAUGGAAAUGUGAUAAGGGUGAUUGCCAGACUAAGGGCUGUUUCUGAAAAUCCGAAAGACUCGGCAAUCAUUAAGAGGUUUUGGGAAAUAGCAGCUCAGUUGGUCGAUCCUCUUCGUCCGGGAGAUUUCAAUCAGGCUCUCAUGGAACUUGGUGCAACCGUAUGCACCCCUUUGAACCCAAACUGUUCGUCGUGUCCAGCAUCAGAGUUCUGUCAUGCACUAUCAAUCGCUAAACGUGAUAGUACAGCAGCGGUUACAGAUUAUCCGAUUAAGGGUGUGAAGGUUAAACAACGGUCCGAUUUUUCAGCUGUAUGUGUUGUUGAAUUACUUGGAGAUGAAAAACAAUCUAGCAGCAAAUUUGUUCUCGUAAAACGGCCCGACGAAGGAUUGCUUGCCGGUCUAUGGGAGUUUCCGUCUGUCCUAGUAGCAGGAGAAACUGCUCCAUUAGCUAGAAGAAAAGCAACCGACUGCUUCUUGAAGAAAAAUCUCAAAAUUGACAUAAAAAAGACUUGCGAUAUCGUUUUGAGGGAAGAUGUCGGAGAAUUCGUUCACAUUUUUAGUCACAUUCGCCUCAAGUUGUAUGUGGAGUUGCUAGUGUUACAAUUGAAAGGGAAAGACGAUCAUUUUUUCAAAAGCGAGGACGAUGAAACUAUAACUUGGAAAUGUGUUGACAGCAAUGCCCUCUCAAGCAUGGGAUUGACAACCAGUGUAAGAAAGGUGUACAACAUGGUUCAAAAAUUUAAGCAGAAAAAGCUUCCUUCUAAGGACACGCCGCCCCCGACCAAAAAGAGAAAUAGAACAACCAAGAAAAACUAGUCUGGUUGAAUCAGAUUGGCUGCAUUGUACAAAACUACAAAUUAUUUUGCUUCCAUGGAGUAACAGUUAUUCUUCUUGCAUUUUGUUCUUAGUAUAAUACAUUCUUAAUUGUGCAAGGUACUUUUUCUUCACAUGAUAGAUACCUUUUGGUAUGGUUUUCAAUAUCUUGCAAUGUUAGGCAUCUUUGUAAUUUAGACACUCUUGAUUUCAUCUUUUGGCAGACUAAGCAGGAAAUUAAGUGGAUGAAUUACAUGUAUUAUGUAAUAUUAAUUUGAUUAAUCAUGUUUUAGUAGCAAAAUUUUCCUUGAUAA